CAAGCAGACAGAACGAGGAGGAUAGGAGAAGGGGAAAGAGAGAGAGAGAGAGAGAGAGAGGGAGGGAGGAGAGCAGUGACAGGGCAGCGCAGCGCAGGGAAGCGAAACGGCAUUGCCCACUGAUUCCAAUCAAAAUUGAAAUUGUCGUUCCUCCUCUAUCUAUCUCGUUAAUAGAUAAAUCCUUUUGAUCUUGCUAUCGAAACCGUUCAAUUGAUCGAUCUAUCGAUCGAUUUAUUUCAGUUUUGUGGUCGCUCUGAAGAAGAAGAAGAAGAAGAAGGGUUAGAGGUUGGGAGCGAAAGGCAAUUGAGAGAGAGCAAGAUAGAGAGAGAGAGAAAGGGAAGAAGAAGAGGAGGAAGAGCUGGAGUCCGUACAGGAGACGCAGUCGUUGAAGGCUCCCGCCGGUGGAAACGGUCAGAUCCGGUACAGAUCCCUGUCGGCGGCAGAACUUCUAGAAAGGGAGGCUUCUGGUUCAGGCUCUCCGCCACUGUUUUCUGCUGCUGCAACGGCAGAUCAUCAACAACUGGACAAGAUGUUGAAGCGCGGCAGACAGCACGAGUCCCUCUCCGACAAGAUCCACCGCUUCCGAGGCGUCAUCCUCGUGAUUUCGGUCCCUCUUCUCCUUAUCACCUUCGUACUCUUUCUCAUGCCCUCCCGUGCUCCCUCCGACUCCUUUUCUAAUCGCAAAAUUUCUCCCGACAACGUAAUCCUCGCUCGUGCAGACUCUUCUUCAUCUUCACGCAAGAGUUACGCCGUCAUCUUCGACGCUGGCAGUUCUGGUAGCCGUGUGCACGUCUUUUGUUUCGACAAACGCUUGGAUCUCGUUCCCAUUGGCAAAGAUCUUGAGAUUUUUCGACAGUUAAAACCAGGUCUAAGUGCAUAUGCCAAGGACCCUAAGGCUGCUGCUGAUUCUCUACAGUCCCUUUUAGAUAAAGCCGAGGCUGUUGUUCCACAGGAGCUGCGUCACAAGACACCAGUUAGGGUCGGGGCAACUGCAGGUCUGAGGCAAUUGCAAGGCGAUGCAUCUCAUAGAAUCUUGCAAGCGGUGCGAGACUUUUUAAAGGAUAAGAGCUCCUUGAAAUCCAAGUCUGAUUGGGUUUCUGUAUUGGAUGGAACUCAGGAAGGUGCUUAUCAGUGGGUGACCAUAAACUAUCUCUUAGGGAAUUUGGGUAAGAAAUACUCUAAUACAGUUGGGGUAGUUGAUCUUGGAGGUGGAUCUGUACAAAUGGCAUAUGCUAUCUCAGAGACUGAUGCUGCAAAAGCUCCUAGGAUGUCAGAUGGAGAGGAUACAUAUGUGAAGGAAAUGAAUCUCAAGGGAACAAAAUACCAUCUUUAUGUUCACAGUUACUUGCACUAUGGCUUAUUAGCAGCUCGAGCUGAGAUUCUGAAUGUUGAAGAUUCUGGCAGCCCAUGCAUCUUGGUUGGAUAUCAUGGCUCCUAUAAAUAUGGAGGGGCAUCAUACCUUGCAUCAGCUUCUCCCUCUGGUUCAGGAAUGAAUGAGUGUAGGAGAGUAGCCAUUAAGGCUCUCAAAGUUAAUGAAUCAGCAUGUACACAUAUGAAGUGCACAUUUGGUGGAGUAUGGAAUGGUGGAGGCGGGGAUGGACAGAAGAAUUUAUUUGUUGCUUCCUUUUUCUUUGAUAGGGCUGCUGAGGCUGGAUUUGUUGAUCCAAAUGUGCCUGUUGCAAAAGUUCGUCCAGUGGAUUUUGAGAAUGAGGCUAAGCGUGCCUGUGAAACGAAGCUUGAUGAUGCCAAAUCCAUAUAUCCGAAUGUAGGAGAUGAGAACCUGCCUUACUUGUGCAUGGAUCUGGUGUACCAAUACACAUUGCUUGUAGAUGGAUUUGGCCUGGAUCCCUGGCAAGAGAUUACAUUGGUGAAGAAAGUUAAAUACCAAAAUUAUCUUGUUGAAGCAGCUUGGCCAUUGGGCAGUGCAAUUGAGGUGGUGUCAUCCUUGAAGUAACUGGAGAUCACAACAUUGUUGAUUUAAUUAAUUGGUUCAAUUUUGGUUGGUGGCAUUGGUUCUUUCUUAGGCAUAUCCCCGAGUUUCUACAAUUGUUUGCAGUAGUCAGUCAAUAACACCAUCUGCUAUAAAAGUUAUUUUGUUUGAGCAUGCUUGAUACCAUUUUCAAUUUUAAUAGAUGACUUUUCGUUAAUAAACCAGAAAUCGUGUUCUUA